AAAGAAUAAAGUCUCAUGGGAAUUCGCUUUUUUAAAUUUGGCUACUUUAGCAAUAUAAAAACCAAGCACUUCGUCGUGAUCAGAGUGAAGGGUAAGAAAAGGGUUAAGACGAGUGAACUUCCCCGAAGGCAUCAUCCAUCUGUUCAAGGAAGCGUACGUUGCCAUGCUCGAAACAAUAUUAACAGACAAAGAAGGAAGAUCAGGAAACAGAACCAAAAUAUGGCUUUGAACCAAGGAGAUAGCGCCACAAUCACUAUCGAAUCCCUGACAUCUUUGAUAGAACAUACAAGAUCCCAUGAUCUGUUCAUACCCCCUAAGCCUUCCAUCUUUAAAACGCCAGUAAUACUCAGCAGGCAUAAUGAACAAGCUUACAUCCCUGACGCGUUUUCUUUUGGCCCUAUUCAUCAUAACAAACCAAACUUCAAAGCCUCAGAAAAAAUCAAAGCUAGGUAUCUGGAUCACCUUAUCUCUAGGUCAACCUCUCCGGAUACAAAGCUAACAGAAAUCGUCAAAUCCAUCGAGGCUGUGGAGAAAAAGGCUCGUAAAUGUUAUGCAUGUCCAAUCGAUUACACCCCAGGUGAAUUUGUAAGAAUUUUGGUAAUUGAUGGUUGCUUCAUCAUUGAGCUGUUCCGCAAGAAUUCUUAUACUGAGCUUAGAGAAGUAGAUGAUCCAAUUUUUACUAUGUCUUGCAUGCUUCAAUUUCUUUACCAUGACUUGAUAUUGCUUGAAAACCAACUUCCUUGGAUGGUACUUGAACGCUUGUUUGGCUUAACCAUGGAACGUAGACAAAGCAAGCCUCUAAUGCAACUUGCAGUAGAGUUUUUUGCUAAUAUUUUCUCAUCCACACCUCCUCCCGUGGUUUACCCAAUCCAAGACAUAGAGCAUAUUCUUGACCUGUUUAGAAGAUUGUUGAUUUCAUCAGUUGGAGGAGAAGGAGAACGGGAGCUAGGGUGGCAACUCAUGCCUUCUGCAACGAGCCUCGUCGAGGCUGGAGUCAAAUUGAGAAGGAGUGAGUACAAAAGCAUCUUGGACAUGAAGUUCAUCAAUGGCGUCCUUGAGAUUCCUCCGUUAUUGAUUCAAGAGACAACAGAAACUGUCUUUCGGAAUCUUGUCAGCUUUGAACAAUGUUACGCCAAUUGUGAUGCUUGGUUCACUUCCUAUGUUGUUCUCUUACAAAACCUCAUAAACACGGCCAAAGAUCUGGACAUACUCUGCGAGAACGAGAUUAUUGAUAAGUGGUCUAAUCUAGAGGAUGCACCCCAGUUCUUUAACAAGAUUUACAACAAUACUUAUGUCAAGAAAUACCAUUACCUAGGACUUUGUCAGAAAGUGAAUAGAUAUUGCCAGCGCAGGUGGCCUAGGUGGCGUACAGUGCUUGUGCGCAACUAUUUCAACACCCCUUGGUCUACUCUUUCGACAGUGGUCGUUGCUAUGCUUUUGAUCCUCCUUUUUUUACAAACUUUGUACACCAUAAUUAAAUAAGUAGUAUUGAAUGUAACUUUAUCAAA